AUAUGACGGACCAAUCAAAAGUGGCACUCACAAAAGUGUCGCCACUCUGAUUACAGGCUCUCUACUGGUUUGUUCUUAAAAGCAAAUAACUUAACUUUGAUGGAUUAUUAGAUUCAAUGCGAGUGAGAUUCUGCUGGAAUCGCGAAACAUGACGACCCCCGUAACGGAUGUCGAGCAACCCAAUUAUAAGUAUCAGCAAAUGCAGAGAGUGCAGUUGACGCCAGAGGAGUCAAAAGCCUUGAUGGAAUGCUUGAGAAACACGAGUGUUCUUGUGCCGGCGUUAAUCAGCGCAGCUGCAGGAUUUGGAGUGUGUAGGAUAACUCGGUUUUCUACAUAUGCCAAGUAUGUUGGGUUAGUCAGUGGGGUGGUAGGCCUAGUGACAGGGAGAAUAGCCGUUUCUGAGCUGUGCCUGGCAAAGGUUGCUGCCAUGCCGAAUAGUAAUCUUCGAGAAAGACUAAUAGAAGCGAGAUAUGGGCGAAGUGUGGGAGAACCACUUGUAUAUGGGGAAAGACAGCGUCAAGGCUUCCAGCCGAUGGAUGUGCAGACCGAGAUUCAGAACUCGGCGGAACCAGGAAUAGUAUUCGACGAUUACCCACCUAUGAACACGUACGACACAUAUUCCAGUAUUAACGGUAGCGAUCUUCCCGUUGCCGAGGAAACGGAUCUGACUGAACCAAUCAAUCUGCAAAAGGGCGUCAGUUACGACGAGCUGAGGAGUAAAAAUAGAGAUGAGUUUUAUAAGAAGACUAGGCAGUGGUAUCCUUCCAGAACACCGAGAGAACCUGUUGUAGAAAGACAGGCACCUCAGCAUACUCCAGACGAGUCUGCCCGGUCAUCGAUGCAAGAGAAAACUAAAUAUGGUGACGUGUGGGGUUGAAAUUGAAUAGUCGUCGGAAUCCAGUUUAUUAUGUAUAUUCGCGUAUUGCGGAUACUGUACUUGUAUAUAUGUAGAUUGCAUUUCAGAAAUAUGCAGAUGUGCGAGAGAAGUUUGGAUUUUGCUAAAUAUAAAUUAAUAAAUAAAAAUAAACGAUGCAUAAAUCA